GUAGACUCGAAUCCUAAAAAAUUAAACCCUAGCUAGAGAGAGAGAGAGAGAGGGUUUAAAGCUUCUUUCUGGCGCAACGCAAUUCAUAGCAAAAACAGAGAGUGAGAGAGGGAGAUGGGGAGCGACAGCGAGGCAGAGAAGUCGGUGCAGAAAGAGAAGGAGAAGAAGAAGAUGUUGGCCCUGGCUCCCAUUGCUAAACCUCUUGCUGGGAAGAAGCUUUGCAAGCGAACCCUAAAACUUGUUCGUAGAGCUGCCGAACACAAAUGCUUGAAAAGAGGAGUGAAGGAGGUCGUUAAAAGUAUAAGGAGAGGUCAUAAAGGAUUGUGUGUGAUUGCUGGGAACAUAUCACCGAUUGAUGUCAUCACUCAUGUUCCUAUUCUUUGUGAAGAGUCUGACAUUCCUUAUAUUUAUGUCCCAUCUAAAGAAGAUCUUGCAGGCGCAGGAGCAACAAAGAGGCCUACUUGCUGUGUUCUGGUACAGACAAAGCCUGCAAAGGGUGAAAUAGAGCAAGGGGAACAAGAGAAACUAAAGUCAGAUUAUGAUCAAGUUGUAGCGGAAGUUACUGAGCUUACAACUUCACUCUUUUGAAACAAGCACACAUGUAUCUGUACAGUGUGCUCCAGCUGAAUUAACAUUGGCAGCAACCUGGGCCUAUAUUUUGUAAUUUUUAUUCAGAGAGCAAAGAACCAAAUGAGGUGCCAUGAACUAGUUAUUUAGUGUAUAACUCACAAUGCAGACAAGCAAGUUGGCGAAGAAAUUUUGCACCAUCAUUUUGUCAUCCAAAAUUGCUAUAUCACCUGUUUUAAAAA